CGAUGUCGUCGCUGCCCCCUCGUAAGCCUCUAUCGCUUCCUAACGUCAAAGCCACCCAACCACGGACACUCUUCAACACCGUACUGGCGAUCAGUCCAUAAGGUAAGCAGAAAGCUGCGUAGAGAUGGAUGUAGAAAUGGUUCUUGGUAUGCGUCCAGCCAAGUCAAGAACGAUAUCCUCGACAGCCCUGGCCCCCCUCCGUGUUAUAUUUCGCCGUUUCCUUCGUCGUGAAUCACCGCAACCACCAACAUCUCGACACUUCCCCUACUGUGUCAGUAAUCUCCUUCUACCCUGUACCUUCUCGAUUAUCCUUCGUUGUCUUCGAAAUGACGUUUCGUACACUACAGCUGCCACGGUCGGCCCCAGCCCCCCCCGCUGCCGCCAGCCUGCCCCGGGCGGUUACCUCAGUGGAGCGCGCCCGCCGCAACGCGCAAAACGCGGCAGCAUUUGCUGCUCUUCGGGCCACCCUCCCUCCCCCCAGCCGCCAGUCGGCAGCACUGGCGUCCCUUGCUCACUGCCCAGCAAGGGCCUUUCUGUUUCGGUCCGGAGCAGACCAAGAAGAGGAAGUGGUGGAGGAGGGAUGA